AAUUACGGCAGUCUUCUCCGGCCAAAAGUAGAAAGCUGAAAAUACACAGCGUUUCUCCGUCUCCGUUUCUUUUUCCGGCGAAACUGAGCUUAAACUUGAAUGGCUUUCUUUAACAAAGCUGGGAGCAUUCUUCGGCAGGCUGUUAGCAAGCAGCACAUCAAUCAUGAAAUAUCUGCAUCCAAGCCUUCAAUUUUUCAACUAAUUAGAUGCAUGUCUUCAAAACUUUUUGUUGGAGGAAUCUCAUGGAACACUAAUGACAACUCUCUCCAAGAAGCUUUCAGCAAGUAUGGAGAAGUCGUUGAAGCAAGAAUCAUUUAUGAUCGCGAGUCUGGGAGAUCUAGAGGAUUUGGCUUCGUUACUUUCAAUACUUCUGAGGAUGCCAGUGCUGCCAUCCAGGCUUUGGACGGACAGGAGCUUGAUGGUCGUACGAUUAGAGUAAAUGUAGCGAAUGACAGGACAAGAGGAUAUGGCGGCGGCGGCGGUGGUGGUGGUGGUUACGGUGGUGGUAACUAUGGAGGUGGUGGCGGCAAUUAUGGGUCUGGUGGUUACAGUGGUGGUGGUGGCAAUUAUGGGUCUGGUGGUGGUAAUUAUGGUGCCUCUGGUUAUGGUAGCAGUGGCAAUUAUGGCAGUGCAGGUGGUGUUGAUACUAAUGUUGCCAGCAGUUAUGGAAGUGGAGAAAACAGUUCUGGCUUUGGCACAAGUGGUGAUAACUAUGCCAGUGGAAGCACUGAUGCAGCUAGCAACAGCUUCAGCUUCGGCAACGAUGCUACCAGCAACCAAGCAGAAGCUUGUGAUGUUAAUAGCCCAGUUGACGCCGGUGAAAAUUACAGAGAUCACAAUGACUCCAGUGAUUAUGCAGACAGAAGAGCCUAAAGGUUGAAUUCCAAUCCCCUUGCUUCCCAAUGCUAUUGAUAAAAGACAGAAAUCGAUGGAAGAUGACGUCUCUUCCUUCCAUUGUUCUCUUUCAUAGUCUUAUCUUUUUCUCACUCUAGCUAUAUUUCCGACUUCUGUUUUUCGUCGUGGACUCGAGAUUUUACUUUUGUGUUAACCUUGAUUUGGAUCUUAAUCCUGGCAGUGUAACAAGAGCCAAACAUUGUGUUAGCUAAGUAAAAAGUACUCUACACCUUCAGGUGUUGAACCUAAUUUUGUAAACAAGUCGUUACAUGUUUGGAUG